AUGUCGUCCUUUCUGUCCAACUCAUCAAAUCAAUCGAAGCUCCAGCUUGCGACAGUUGCCCUCGCCUCUGCAGCUGUUACUGCUGGCGCGAUUUACGGAUACCAGCAAUCUCGUCACGGCGAGCGCCUUAAUCGCCUAAAGAAGUCGAUCCCCAACCCAGCUGGCGAUGCUGAGCCCGAAUUGCAGAGGGUAACCCGUCAAGGUCCCGUCCCUAAGCUCGACAAAGAAGAUGAACACAACCAAGCCCUCGCCCACCGAGCCCAGAAUGGCGACUUCGACGACGAACUGAUUCUCGAGCAACUAGCCCGCAACCGUGUCUUCCUCGGCGACGAAGGGUUCGCCAAGUUGCGCAACUCCUUCGUUGUCAUCGUUGGUUGCGGCGGUGUCGGCUCGCACGCCGCCACCACGCUCGCCCGCUCCGGCGUUUCCAAGCUGCGCCUCAUCGACUUCGACCAGGUCACGCUCAGCUCGCUCAACCGGCACGCCGUUGCCACGCUUGCCGACGUCGGGCUACCCAAGGUGCAAUGCCUGCAGCGCCGGCUGAUUGCCAUCACACCGUGGGUGCGGUUCGACCUGCGCCUGCAAAAGUUCGACGGAUCGGCCGCUCCCGAGUUGCUCGGUGCGUGGGAAAAGGACGGGCAGAUGCCUGACUUCGUCAUCGACGCCAUCGACAACAUCGACUCUAAGGUCGAGCUGCUCAAGUACUGCUACGACAACAAUCUCCCCGUUAUUUCGUCCAUGGGCGCCGGCACCAAGAGCGACCCAACGAGGAUCAUGGUUGGUGAUAUUGGCACCAGCACGGACGACGGACUUUCGCGCGCCACCAGGCGCCGCCUGAAGCUCCUCGGUGUCACCAGCGGCAUUCCCGUAGUGUACUCGACUGAGAAGAUGGGCGAGGGCAAGGCGGCGCUUCUGCCAUUGCCCGAGGAGGAGUUCAAGAAGGGCGAUGUCGGCGACUUGGCGGCGCUGCCCGAUUUCCGCGUGCGUAUCCUACCUGUGUUGGGAACCAUGCCGGCGGUUUUCGGGUAUACAGUUGCGAACCAUGUCAUUCUUAAGAUCUCCGGUUAUCCUCUCGACUACAUUCCCCAAAAGGCCCGCGACAAGAUGUACGACGGUAUCCAAGCCUUCGUUCAGGCCAGUGAAGAAAAGAUCAUCCGCGCCGUGACCGGCGGUCCCCGCGAGCUCUGCAUCGGGCUGAAGGUGCCCAUCCAGCCCUGCGAGGUCUCGUUUCUUGUCGAAGAUAUCUACAAGGCCAAGAGCGCCGUCACCGGCAUCGCCACGAAGCUCGUCCUGAUCAGGUGGCAGAAGCCUACCCGGGACAUCCUUAUUAGGAUAGGUGAGGGCGCGGACGAACAAAAGUCGUCGGAUCUGAAACUGUCGGAGCUCGUCUGCAUGACCAAGGAAGAGGCGACGAGACACCAGAAAGAGGUGUUGCUGGGCGAGAAGACGCUCGAGGAGCUCUACAACGCUGAAAUUAUAGAGAGAGUGGCGAAGAGACAAGAGGAGAUCAAGCUGUAUGAGAAGUACAGAUGAUUCUCUUGUUCUCGUAAAACUCAAAUGGCCUGUUAAGGUCAAAUGGUUGAUUUAUUGAUUGUUUUGAUUGCCGGCGUCCAAAAGUCACAUCGCAGAGA